AUGGGACCAAUACUAUUGUUAUUACUGCUACUAUUGACCGAUUGUGGUUAUGGAAUCAUUGAAUGUCCACGUGAAUGUGAAUGUGACGCCAUAGCCCCGAACAAUUCAUCGUGGGCAGUUUAUUGUCAUCGCGGUGGCCUCAAUGAUUCUCUUUUUGCCAAUAUUCUCAGUCGACUUCCAUCUUCGCUGAAACUUUUGGAUAUUCAUGCCCCUAGUUGGCGUCCUGCCAACAAAUUCAAAUGGAGCGACAAUCUGAACCGAUUCAGCCAGCUGAAACAUCUUCGUCUGGUGAAUUGUGGUAUUCCGGCGAUGAGUCGAAGUACAAGACUCACUUCUUUGGAGUUAUUAGAUCUCCAUGGGAAUAAUAUUGAACAUGCCACUAUGGGCAAUUUCGGUGGAAUGCCCAAUUUACGAUUUCUCGACCUGAGCCACAAUCAUCUCAGCAUCCUUCCAACCGGGGUUUUCACCUUUCUUCACAACCUCAAGUCUCUUUCCCUAGCUAACAACUCGAUAACGGAACUUUCUGCAAACCUCCUACGCGGAUUACGAACACUCAAAUCAUUACGACUUGAUGGGAAUCGGAUUCCAAUCAAGCAAAUCAAUGACCUUUUCGCUGACGUUCCUCAACUAGAAGAGCUACAUCUGAACGAUUGUCGUCUGUCCAGUAUCGUCAAUCUGUCACUGAACCACGUUCCGCAAUUACGUCAUCUCGGACUGGCUAAUAACAAUCUGCGCACGAUACCCACUCAAGAGUUACGACAACUGGCACAUUUGGCCGUGCUUGACCUCAGUGGAAAUGGCCUCGACGAGGUCCCAGCAUGUGCUUUUUGUUCUAAUAACAUCUCACGGCUUGAUCUGUCACAUAAUCGGCUUGGUCUGGUGAAGCAGCCUUUUCAUGCCGAUGCUUUCCGGAAUAUGCCACUGGUGGAGCUUGACCUUUCCUUCAACCAUAUGGAUGAGUUUCACUCCAGCUCACUUGGAUGGGCUCAGGAUAGCCUUCGCACGCUCAAUGUUGCUGGGAACUCCCUUGGAGGUUUCCAUCCGGACAUUACUGCUACGCUUCCUCUUCUACAUAGUCUCAACAUAGCCUACAACAAUAUUCACUCCAUCCCUCUCGUGCUCCCGCCUCAAUUUUACCAUCUGAUAUUCCUGAACAUCUCUGGGAACUCCCUCAGUUAUCUACCCGACAAUCUUCAGUACUUACUUCCCAAUUUGAAGGAACUGGACCUCUCGAACAACGAUUUCUCGACGCUCUCUUUGGCUGCCAGCAACUAUAUCGAUCAACUGGAGAGGGUGCAUCUCGGAGGCAAUCCAUGGGACUGUUCCUGCUCCAUUCAACAUAUACAACAACACAUGCGCGAUCGUUAUGCGAUGAGACAUAUUCUUCGAUAUCACGACGCUCGAUGUGCAGAACCCCCUCUUGUCAAGGGACAACCACUACUCAGCGUAACUGAUAUCAACGAGUGUGCAGUACUGUUUGGUGCCCGUUACGGUCUUUCACAAACCAGCGAGCUAUUCAUCCUUCUCGCAGCACUGCUCUCAGCCGCCUUGGUGCUGUCCGUUCUACUGAUCGGUUUAUACUUUCUCAGAGAGCGGCAGUACAAAGGCUCUUACGUAACCCGAGAACAUUCGCGAACACCGCUCACGAUGGCUAAUCACAUCAGUUGUUCAUCGAGUACAAGUGGAGCUAGUGAACCUUUGACGCCACCAAUACCACCACCUCCACCCAAGGCAUCCUCCACAUAUUUUGGAAUAUAG